CGGUGAAGAGUCGGGAGCCCGAGACGCGUCCAUCGUCGCCCGAGCUCCUGCUGAGCGCCAACAAGCUCAACUGCAACGACAAGCAGCCGUCGUCAUCGCCAACGCCGCCCAGGACCAAGACCAAACCGGCCAGGACCAAUGUCAACAAGGUGCGCAAGGGAGUCCGUGUGGCGAGCGACGAGAACUCCCGGCCCCCCGGGCCCGGGGGGCCCGAGCCGCCCCCCGCCGUCAACAGGACCCACCCGAGGAGCGCUUCCAGGGACAGGCUCAGCGACUGCAGUACGCGGUCGAGUUCCGGACGCGGCUAUAUGUGCGAUAGUGAAAGUGACAGCGAAAGGGUGUCCGACGCAGGAUCUGAUCUCUUCUCUGGACCGGCUCAUCAUCCGACGAGGCAACCGCAGGCCCCGAGUCUACAGGCCAACACCCCGGCCUCGGCCCCAACCCACCCGACGGCCGUCACCACCGCAACGUGCACCCCGACCACCACCACCACGACCAACGCCAGCAGCCCAUGCGUGCCGAGUGCCCGCUCUAGUCCCCCCCUGGCCCGGCUGGUGCCGUCCCCCGCCCCACUGCAAAAUGGGCCCUCGUGGCCCCCACCCCCUGCGGCCCCUUCGCCCGUGAGUCCCCCGGCAACGACGCGACCCCCGUCGCCCCCGCCGUGCGCGGCCCCUCAGCGGCCCCGGCUGGGCCCGAGUCCCGUGGCGCCCCCGCAGUGCCGGCCCCCGGGGGAGCCGCCCUCGCCCCCGGCCCCCUCGGCCCCGAGCCUGGUCUCGGAGCUGCUCUCGCAGCCCUCGUUCCUGUCCUCGGAAGCCCUCAAUGGCAGCCACUCGUCCAACGGGUCGGCCCCAGGCGGGCUAGCGCCCCGCGACCUGCAGCUCUUCGGCGGCCGGACUCCGUCCUCGGCGGCCGGCACGCCAGCGCUGCGCAACGGCAGCCUGUUCGCCAACAGCUCGUCGCCGUCCCCGCUGUUGGCGAGCCACCUGGUGCACUCGGGCGGCGGGGCCAGCAGCCGGGAGAGCAGCGGCAGCGUUUCCAAGCCUGUGACCCCCGCCGCGGCUGCCCCCGCCCCGGCGCCCCUGUUCCCCUUCUCGCUGAGCCGGGCCUCGCCCCAGGGCUUCCUCUCGGCCGGCGCGCCCCAGACCGCGGCCGUGAGCCGGCCCGGCGUGGCCACCCCGCCCGGCCAGGCCCCGACCCCGACCCCCAGCCUGGGCAGCUCGCACUCCAACAGCAGCCUGUCCAGCCUCAGCCAGCUGAGCCAGUCGCUGCAGGGCAAGGAGAGCGGCCGCUCGCGCAACACGACGCCCUCGGCGCUGGCGCCCCUUGGGGCGGCCGUGCCGCCUCCGGGGAACUCUGCCGCGCCGUGCGGAGCCUCAGUCGGGGGCUACUCCACGGCGUCUUCCAACAGUCUCACCAGCCUGGUCUUCUCCAAGCCUUGGGUCAGUCCGAGCGCAGGCAGCUACCCGGGCGCCAGCAACGGGCCCCCCCUCGGGGUGGGAACGUCUCCGGUGCCCCACCACCGGCCCACGCCGCCCCCCGCACUCCCCUCCGGGGCCCCCGCGGGGGCGACCCCCCUGGGCAACAGCCACCACUUCCCGCCCCACCCGGGCAUGUUUGCGGCCCCCAUCCCACCCCCUCCGGCCCCGACGCUAGCCUCCUCUGCCCUGGGGCUGCCUGGCGGGCCCGCGGGCUACGUGGGGGACUCUCCCCUCUUGCCAAAUCAAGACCUGCUGCGGCGUGAGCUGGACACGCGGUUCCUGGCGUCCCAGGACAGGUCGAUAGCGAUCCCUCCACCGCCGUACAUGCGGACGGAGCUUCACCAGCACCACGCACCUCACCAGCAGCACCUGCACCCACACAGCCCCUUCCUGCCACCCGCCCUGGCGGGCUCCCUGGUGCCACAGCCGGGCCCACACCUCUACGACAAGUUUCACACCAAGUUGGACUCUCCGUUCUAUUCGAGGAGUGCGUUGGGGCUGUCGGGCUACACUGGCCUGUCGCCGCUCCUCAACCCAAGCAUGACGUCUGGGACUCCCUUCGUUGCGCCCGGUCACCUAGCGGCAUUUCAGCCAAAGAAGUCUGGUCGCUGGUGUGCCAUGCACGUGCGCAUAGCCUGGGAGAUCUACAAGCACCAGCAGAAGCAGCAGCAGCAGCAGCAGCAACAGCCCGGAGUGGGGCCCGACCCGGGGGUGAUGCCCUCGCACAAGGGCCCCCCCGCCAUGUCCGCCGGUCCCUCCCUGUCGUCUGCAGGCAAGGGGGACAUGCUGCGGGCCCCCAACCACCACCUCUACUCUGCCAUGCCCAGGCCACACGACCUUGCCAGCUUUCCCUCUGCCCUGCUGGGGGCUGCGGCCGCAGCGGCGGCAGGAGCUGGCCACGCACGGACUUCAUUUGAAGCAUCACCUCAUGGAAACUUCCUCACGCCAAACCCCAGUCAUAUGAGCAUGAGCAGGAUGCCCGUGUCGACGUCUAGCAGCUCCAUGAGCCGGUCGUCCUCCUCCUCGAGGGGCCUUCCCCCCGGCAUGUCCCCCUUUGCCAGGCCGGGCUUCCCCAGCUUCGGCCCUCCUGCCAACAGCGCCUACGGCACCCUGGGGGGCCUCGUCUUUGCCGACCUGAGGCCACACGUGACGGCGGAGCAAACCAGCUCAAGCUACGGCGUGGGUCCGGCGGCACAGGGCACAGCCUUCCCACGAGGCAUGUCGGCAACCGGCCCCGCGGGCCUGUUUGGGGCCGGGCGGGACCUGGGCCCCGCAGGCUGCCUGGGGCAGGACCCCUGGGGGCGCCUGCACCGCGCACCCCCGUUCCCGGGGGCUCCCUCCCUGGGGCCCCUGCAGGGGGCUGUGGACCGCUCCUCGGUGGCCAGCGGUGCGUGGGGCGGCCUCAAGGCGGAGGCCGACCGGGAGAGGCUGGAGCACGAGAGCGAGAAGCAGCGCCGCCUGGAGGCCGAGAAAGAGCGCAAGGAGCGGGAGGCUCUCGAGAAGGCCAAGGAGAUGGACAGAGAAAAGAAAGCGCACGAAGAACGGCAACGAGAAAGGGACAGAGAGGCGAGGCUACACAUGCACCACAGCCAGCCCGACGGCAUUCUACGCAACGGAGACUACCUGGACGCCCGCGUAAACAGCCACCCCCUGGGGCGGGAUCGGGAGCCCCAUGGCCGCCCCUCCGAGUGGGGCAUGCGGGAGAUGACCUCGCGGUCCCCGGCCCGCGCCCCCAAGGCGGAGGCCUUCGACCCCCUGGGCGUCCCCAAGGCGGAGGUGCGCGUCAAGGAGGAGCGUCGGGACGAGGAGCCCGAGCGCAAGAAGGCGGCUCCACCCCCACCGGCCCCCGACCCCGACUACCGGGCCCAGCACUUCCUGGGGCUGGGCGGUCCCGAGCGGGCCUUCUGGGGCGGGGCCCUGGGGGCACCCCCGGGCGAUGCCUACCGCAGCCUGCUGGACUUCCACGCGCGGGGCGAGCUGGAUAGGGAGCAGCUGAUGCAACGCUACCGCCUGCUGGGCCCCAUGGUGCCCCUGCACGACCGCUACCGAGAGGCCGCCCCCUCGGAGCUCGAGCGCUUUGCCCUGGAGCGGGAGCUGCACUCGAAGCUGGCCCCGCCUCCGCUCCGCGCCACAGACCCGACGCCCCAGGGGGGGGGCUUCCCCGCGUCGGCUCUGUUCCCUCCCCUGGGCCCGCCCCUGGGGCCGCCCCUGCCCCCUCCGGGGUCUUACCUCAGCAGCCUGACGUCCCUGGCUUCCGGGCGGGGCAAGAACGGGUCCUCCCCGGCCGUGGGGGCCAACUCGCGGGACGGGGCGGUGCCUCCCCCACUGGUGCCCUGCGGGGGGGCGGGGGGGCCGGGUGUCAACAGCCACGGCAUGUCCCCUCUUAACCACAAGAUGGGCUCCCUGGUGGAGCACGGGGCCCACGAGCUGGCCCUCUACGCCAAGGACCGGGCCGCGCUGGCCAACCACAAGGCAGACCCCACGCAGCUGAGGUAGUAGAGGCACUGCCGGAGGGGGUCCUGCCCAUCAGGGACAGGGCAGGGGCCGGGUGCGGCCGGUGGCUGUGGCGUCCAGAGGUCGGUUUCCCCAGUCCGUUUUCAAUCUGGGCCACUCGAGAAAGGGUUCUCCUGUGGCACCGCAGAACAAAAUAUUGCGGAUGUCGACCCGCUUCUAUGUGGAUAGUCAAGAUCAUCCCUACUCAAUAUGUCAGCGGUUUCCUAUGGUCGAACUGAGCUGUCAACUGCCACCCUGACUGUAUGUGGCUGUAUGGACGAUGGUAGGUUGCCUCCAAACUUGCUGCAGCUUUCGACGAUAGAUACACCUCUGCAUCGUCCGAGUUGAGGUACUAUUGCGAAAUAUGCCAAAAUAUUUUUAAGGGACCUGUCAAGGAAAAAGAAAUUGGGGAAAGCUUCCAUUAGUGGCAAAGAGGCACAGGAAUGAAAGAGGUAUCUGCUGUCUACACACACUGAGAAUGGGCAUGGGACUGUUUAUUGCUCCUUGAAGUACUUGGGCCCUGCUUGCUCCGCAAGAAGGAUUAAAAAUUAGGCAGAUUUUCUGCACCUCUAAAGCAGUCUGAAAUCUCCGGACUCCUAAACAUUGAGAGACUUGUUCCGUUGUGCCUUGCACAUCUAUCAUUUCACUUUUUUUCACAUUUUAAAUCUUUCGUUUCGUCUUUUUAUGUUGUGGAAAUAUAUCAGCAAUUUGUUUCAUUGGCCCAUUACAGGCCCAUAUUUGAUAAUAAGAAUAGCUUUAUUCCUGGGCAGAAAAGUUCACCAAGCAGCCGACAUACAUGCAAUUAAUGCAUGCUUUCAAUUAGGUCAAAGCAUUUGCAAUACAAAAGAUUUGACUUCUCUGUGAUUAAGUAUAUGUACUACUCGUAUAGGAGAUGAGGCAAAUCGUCGGGGGGAGAAGCCCAGAUUCGCUUUUCGUGGGAAUUUUAACUGGUUCCUCCGACCAUUUCUGACUGCAGUUUAAGGUCGAACAUAUUGUUUUUAUCCAGCAUUGAAAUAAGCACAUUAACUUUAUUUCCUGAACCGAAAAAUUGGCUCCCCAUUUGACGGGUUCAAAUCCUGGCCCAGAUGCCCACAUCUGCUUAUUGCGGAGAAGGCGCCAUAUAACUGAGAUUUCGGUUGCACUUCAAAAGAUCUCCAGGUGGUCCAAAUUAAUCCUCAGCCCUGCGGUGGGGCGUACCAGAUGCCCUUCCUUGGUUCGGCGUGUAGAACUCCCAAAUUUGAUUUGAAAAUUGGUAGUGACCUUUAUCUCCAAAGUCUUAUAGUGUAACAUGACCCAAUGUCAUGCUACGAGGUCAUACGACAUGACAUUGCAGUGUCAAGUCGUGAUGUCAUGCGACGGAUGCGCCAACAAGCCCUGCCAUGGGGUACGCUCGAAUGCACAGACAAACACAUUUCUCGGAGUAGGAGCUCCUGUUAUGCAUUCCAUUACUUUAAAAGAAAAAUAAAUAUGCAGGGAUUGGCAGGACAACACUUGGCAUUACUAGUUUUCACACUGUUUGUUUCAAGUUGUGGAUGGCCCUCCCUGCGACACGUUACCACACAUCGGUUUUCAACCUGGGUAUAUAGCCAUUUGCCUUGUUGCUGCUGGGAUGACCAAAAGCACUAGGAAGAGGGGGAUACAGCACUGCUGCAUCAUCACUUACGAGAAAUUUGGCUCAGUAAUUCUUUGCAUUAGAAAGUCUAAAGAUGAUCCACAGACAAAGUGGUUGGUUUGCUGCACAGAGGUUAGUUUUCAAUUCUGCCAUGUAACCGGCGGUCUAGCUAUGCCGCAGGAUUCAGGCAAAACAUUUUUUUCAUCUUUAUUUGCAUCUUUAUAUUUGACACACCUUUUCAAAUGGUCACACAGCCUCGCUUGCCCUUUCUGGGAGGCAUCUCAAGUUUUGGUCAGAUCGAAGUUUUGGGCUGCAUGCUGGCAGAUAGCAAGCGGUGAAGGUGCGAGAGUAGCCUUAGAAAUAAGGAGACAUCUGCUCAGCUCACUUGUAAGAAGGAAACUUGGUGAAGUAACUCAAUCUGUUCAGUCUGCAAGUAGCGUGCCUAACUGUGGGCAGGGCACCAUUCGAAAUAGCGUCCUUUCGAACUUCCCUUUCCUCGACCUUGGCUGUCGUUCCGUUUGAACUUCCUCGAAGCCAGUUCCAAGUCCGACAGGCACCACCUCUGUCGGAUCGUACGGUCGAUCGACGGCCGUUCCAGCCCCGGCCCCUGCCCUGCCAACCAAAGUGUCGUGCCGACGUGCAACGCAGCGAUCCUUUGCCACGCCGUUGAUCGGCGUGCCGAGCUUUCACACGGACUUCUUCCAUUUUUUUCUCGUCCGCUGCGGCGGCCGGUGCCACUCGUGGGGUCUAGAGUGUGGGACGAAUGUGUACGGGUGUAUGUGUGUGCGUGUGUGCGAAUGUACAUAGGUUUUAAAAUGUGCGAGUCUCGUUUGUAUCAUAGGUACCCGUGGCGACGGAGGGAGCGAGGAGCAAGAGAAAAAACACAAUGUGUACAUUCUGCGUGUCCAUAAUGUACAUACGGCGUCGUCGUGGGGAGUGUGUUUGCAUGUGUGCGUGCGUGUACAUAUAAGGCAGGCUCUUGACUGCAAUGGACUUGCUGUACAACUUUUUACUUUUUUUUAUUAUGGUCAUUUGUUUGCAAUUUGUGAUAUGCUUGGUCAAUUGUUGUGGCCGGACGGCGAUGCAAAGAGUACUUUUCCGUAGGCUUUUUUCUGUCAAUUUUUUUUUAUUUGAAAAAAUAUUUAUUGUUGAUUUGGCAUUGCAAAGUCAUCCUCUCCCCUGUUGUGAAAACAAUAAUAAAAAUUAUGCUGCUGUCAGCUUUUAUGGAAAAUUCAGUAAAAGGAAAGGAUCUGUGAAGUGCAUACUGCCUUUCCUGCACAUUGUGUAUGGGAAUGUGGAUGUGUGCAUUUGGUGUACAUAUAUUUAUAUUGUUCACACGUUGAACGGGGCAUUUUUUUUAUUUCUUAGGAACGGCUCUUUCCGUAGGAGGAAAUGGACUACCAAGUGCUUGUUUCUCUCUCUCCUGACGAAUCCCAACUGCAGGUCACCUGUAGAACAAUUUUUUACUGCAUAAUUUAUGAUGGGGAGUAGAGAAAUGUGUGCAUAAGUUGUAACUAAAGCUGGAGAGACCUCUUUAUUUAAGACCAGUGCAUUCAUGUGGUGUGGGCCAACUGUGCAUAUUUAUAAAAAUUGUCUAGGAAGAAAUGAGUAUAGAUUUUGACAAAAUGCUGCAUUGGUUGUUUUUCUUCUAUUUGACAAGUUUUGACAUCGAAAUUGCGGCGACAUUUGCAUCAUUGUUUUGACCUCAUGGAAAAGCUCACUUGACUGCAGCAACUUCCUUAUUUUUUUUUUCUUUUUGAUGUUGCACCAGUCUACAGUGUUUUUGAAAAAUAGUGUACAGCGAGAGAAUAAAUGCCAUCAUGAAGGAGGACACUCCUUUCUGUUGCAAAGAGA